AUGGCAGAUGAAGUGACGAGGAUGAUGGAAAAUUUUUCCCUGUUGGAAGAGGAGCAACUGGAGUUGGAAAUACCAAAACAAAAGAUGAAAGGAACUGCGCAGAGGGGCAAACAGUGUCUCGUAGGGAAACUCAUUGCCGACCAUUUGGUCAGUAAGGAUACGAUAAGAGCGAAACUAAUUCGGGGAUGGAAACCGUCAGGAAAUCUCUCAUCCAGAGUACUGGGGGAGAACCUUUUUUUUCUGGAGUUUGAACAUGAGUGGGACAAGAUUAGAUUCUUGGAGGGGAGACCUUGGGUCUUUGAGGGGUAUCUCUUCUCCGUGGAGGAGUUUGAUGGGUUAACACCACCAACACAGAUUGUUUUUGAGAAAAUUGCCUUUUGGGUACGUAUGCUUAAACUACCACUGGCUUGCAUGAGCAAGGACGUGGGUACCCUGAUUGUAUCAACCAUGGGUUUUUUCGAGGAGGUCGAUAUUGAUAUUGAUGGUGUGGGAUGGGGAGAGUUCCUGUGCGUAAGAAUACAACUGGAUCUAACAAAACCUUUAUCGAGGGGAAGGUUUCUAAAGCUCCAAGGAAAAUCGGUUUGGGUGGAUUUCCAGUAUGAACGCUUUCCUAGAUAUUGCUUUAAUUGUGGUAUCAUCAACCAUGGAAAAGCAGGAUGUCUGAAACGAAGUACCGCACGAAGUCAAGGGGGCGAGCUACAAUAUGAGCCAUGA